UCGCUGUACGACCUCCGUCUCAGCUUCACCGAUAGCUUGCGCACGACACUUUCUUUGACCCAAGUACGACUCCGUCGUCUCCAAUAUGUUGGAAAUAUCUCUCACCUGCUUCCACCCAUCUUCCUCGCUUCGUGAUCCGACGACGUGGUCGAGGUUUAGUUUCGUGGCCUAUUCAAACUAAAAGAAAAAGACGGCCAAUUUCGGUCUCCUCAGCAGGUUUCAACAACUUGAUCGGAAGAGAGCUAAGCGAGGAGAACAUCACACUUCGACAAAUUGCGGCAACGACGAAGAGUCAAAUGAGAGUCCUAAAGAUGAUGGUGGGACGCUUUCGUGCAAGCGUUUACACUUGCCAUCUCCAUAGCCCGUGUAUAAAGAUCGCAUUCAAUUCAUUUCUUAUGUUCAUCAUCAUGCCAAUCCAAUAACAGCCCGGCAAGCCCUAAGUUCCUCUCCGAAAUCGCGAAAGGACUUUUCAAAAGUAGUUCUUUAUCCCGGCAACGGUGCAUAGGGCUUGCGUUUCUGGCUGAUCCACUUCUUUUUACAGGCUAGGGUGCUUAUCUUUUCGUGUAGUACUUGAAAAGCUUUAUAUUUGAACAAAUCUUUGGAUUUGAUUGCCUUUCUGGAUCUCUUUUAUUGCUUGAGGGCGAGGCCAAAUCUUUCACGGGAAAUUUGUAGAUUAAGUUUGGAUUUGUUGAUACACUGUUCUAUAAGGGGAUUUUGAUUAUUGAAGUGGGUCUAAGCCUGGAACCGUAUCUUGUGAUCCUGGAUUGUAAUUUGUUUUCUUUUAUUGAAGUUUGGGGUUAGUGAUAGUUGAUCUAAGUUCAUUCUGAUGGAGGAGAGGCCAACUUUGAAGACUAGAGCUAAUGAGAACGUGGCUGAUUUGUUCCCUCGAACCAUGAGGAAGGAUCUGCCAUAUGGUUUCAUGAAGCUGGCCUGCGGAUUAGUUCUGUUUAUGGCUGGAACAGUUCUUGGCAUGGCGAUGAGAGCCCAAUUCAAUUGGUACUUCACUUCCCACACGGAGCUCUUUUUUCCAGAGACUAUGUACUCUGCGGAUUGUGAACAAGAAACUAUGGCCCUAAAAUAUUUUGUUAAGCCGAGCCAUUUGAUGCAUAAGAUGACAGAUGAUGAACUUUUUUGGAGGGCGACAAUGCUGCCCAAGGUUCAAGAGUAUCCAUUCAAGAGGGUUCCAAAGGUAGCUUUCAUGUUCCUGACAAGGGGACCUUUACCGUUCUAUUCAUUAUGGGAUGCGUUCUUCAAAGGGCAUGACGGGUUGUUCUCAGUUUAUGUGCAUGCACUUCCGGAUUACAAGCUCAAUGUCUCCAAGCAUUCUGCAUUCUACGAACGGCAAAUCCCUAGCGAGGAGGUACAGUGGGGGUCAGUGACUUUAUUAGAUGCAGAAAAGCGUCUACUUGCAAAUGCCCUGCUAGAUUUUUCAAACGAGCGUUUCGUGCUACUUUCUGAGAGCUGCAUUCCAAUUUUUAACUUUCCCACAGUUUACGAGUACCUGAUCAACUCUGCCCACAGCUUUGUUCAAUCUUAUGAUGAUGAGUCACCUCGUGGUCGUGGCCGCUAUAACAAGCGAAUGCAUCCUGCGAUUAAACUCAGCCAAUGGAGGAAAGGAUCAGAGUGGUUCGAGCUCAACCGUGAGCUUGCCAUUAAUAUUGUCGCAGAUUACAAGUAUUAUAGGAUCUUUUUAAAGCAUUGCAGGCCUACGUGCUACCCUGAUGAGCACUAUAUUCCAACAUACUUGAACAUGUUUCAUGGGGCUUUCAAUGCUAAUCGGACUGUAACUUGGGUAGAUUGGUCAAGGGGUGGUCCACAUCCAGCAACAUAUGGACGGGAGAGCAUCAACGAGAGUUUUAUCCAAUCCAUCAGGAACAAUGGAGUCAGCUGCACGUACAAUAAUGAACCCACUUCUAUAUGUUAUCUCUUUGCCAGGAAGUUUGCUCCCAGCGCUUUGGAACCAUUGCUAAACCUCACCUCAUCUGUCAUGAAUUUUUGAUUUCUUUUUUCUAGUAGCAUCGUUCUCGUUGCUCUUUGUUGGACUUUGCAACCAGGAAACAUUCAAAUCUGUAGGUGCUUCGAUUUUUGAUUUGAAGGCCUUGUGGUAACAACAUAUGGCAUAUGAUAUUGAAAUUUACAUAGAUAUUGAAACAUUGUUCAUGACUCGGAGAAACAUACAACUUGAGACAAGGUCACAUUACAUUCCUAUCUCUGAGUUUUAGUUUAUCUUUGCAACUUUAUUUUGGUAAUUGUUGUUGCCAUUGGACUCUUACAGUCCUUUUCCUCGUACGGUUUAGUGUGAAUA